AUGUGUGGAAGAAUUCUUCCUGAAUACUUUCCAAAAAUUUUUGGUCCCAAUGAAAAUGAACCACUUGAUGGUACCGCCGUGGUGGAAAAGUUUCAGCAAUUGGCGGAUAUAAUUAAUGCUGAGCAUCCUGAUAGCAAACCCAAAUCGGCUCAUGAAGUAGCCCUUGGGUUCCUCAAUGUUGCAAAUGUUGCCAUGGCAAAGCCUAUAAGACAAUUGACAGAAAACAAAGGUUUUGACGUUACGAAACACAACUUGGCAUCUUUUGGAGGUGCCGGUGGCCAACAUGCAACAUCGUUAGCCAAGGUUUUGAAGAUCAAAAGAGUAAUAAUUCACAAAUACUCAUCGAUCCUUUCUGCCUAUGGAAUUGCUUUGGCGGAUGUGGUUCAUGAAGAGUUGGAACCGGCUUCGGUAAAGUAUACGGAAGAAUCAGUAUCAUCGCUUUUGCAAAAGUGUGAGGUGUUGAAGGAAAAAGUGGCUCUCGAACUUGAAGAUCAAGGAGUUACAGCAUCGGAUUUCCAAGUCUACUUCAAUAUGGGUUAUAAGGGUUCAGAUUCAAAACUCAUGAUUGCAGAAGACAAAUCCAAGAAUUUCUUACAGAACUUUUACGAGACUCAUCAGAGAGAAUUUUCAUUCAACGACAAGCAUAGAGACGUCAUUGUGUCGGAUAUCAGAGUCAGAGGGUCCGGUAAUGCUGGAAAGAUCACCGAGAGAUCAGCUUAUAAAGAUUUGGCCAAAAUCAGUCCCAAAGUUGUUGCACCAGGAAUCGAAAAACUGAAGUCAAGCGUUUAUUUUGAGGGAGGAUUUCAAGAAGCAAACGUUUAUCUCUUAAAUGACUUGGAUAGUGGAACAGUUAUUCCUGGUCCCGCAUUAGUGAUAGACUCCACUCAAACAAUUUUGGUCGAGCCAAAUUCCCAUUUAACGGUUCUUCCUAGGCAUGUCAUUAUUGAUCUUGACGAGUCCCAGUCGUCACAAGAAAAAGAUGCGGACCUCAAAAUCGAUCCAGUACAGUUGUCAGUCUUUGCUCACCGGUUUAUGUCUAUUGCUGAGUCCAUGUGUACCACGUUACAGAAGAUAUCUGUGAGUGCCAAUAUCAAGGAGAGAAUGGACUUUAGCUGUGCUUUAUUUGACGAAGUUGGUAAUCUAGUAGCCAAUGCUCCUGCUGUGCCAGUUCAUCUAAGUUCGAUGUCUUUUGCUGUGAAAUAUCAGAUAAAUCAUUGGGGUGAUGAUAUCAAAGAAGGUGAUAUUUGGGCCACCAAUCAUCCCAAGGCGAUGGGAACACACUUGCCUGAUAUCACUGUGAUAUCACCAGUUUUCGUGGACGGAAAGAUUCGGUUCUAUGUUGCUUCGAGAGCACAUCAUGCUGAAAUAGGAGGCACUGUUGCGGGAUCUAUGGACUCGUCAGCGACAGAUCUCAAGGACGAAGGUGCCCAGUUCAUCGCCUGGAAGCUUGUGAACAACGGAGUUUUCGAUUAUGACGGAGUUGAAAAGUACUUUGUGGAUGAGCUUAAGAAAGUUCCAGGAUCGUCUCCUUCGAGAAAAGUUGAAGACAAUAUUGCCGAUCUUAAGGCUGAAAUUGCAGCCAACCAGCGUGGAAUCAAUAUGUUAACGGAUGUUUUCACGGAAUACGAUACGGACUAUGUUUUGUUCUACAUGAAGGGUAUCAAAACCACAUCUGAAGCCGCAGUCAGAAAGUUCCUCAAAAAGUUGGCACAAGAAAAUAAGCAUCGACUUCCAUUGCAGGCUGUUGAUUUCAUGGAUGAUGGAGCCAAAAUCCAACUUACCAUCGAUAUCAAUGAAGAGGAUGGUUCGGCGGUGUUUGAUUUCGAAGGUACCGCAGACGAAACUUUCAACUGUUUCAAUGCCCCUCGAGCAGUUACUUAUGCCUGUAUCACCUACUGCUUAAGAUGCCAUAUUACCGAAGGUGACUUGCCCAUGAACGAAGGAGUGCUAGCUCCAAUAGAGGUACGCAUUCCCGAAGGCACAGUAUUGAACCCCAGUGUCACCGCUGCUGUUUCUGGAGGAAAUGGUAUUACUUCUCAAAAAAUUACCGACACAAUUUUAAAAGCUUUUGGUACUGUUGCUGCAUCUUAUGGGUGUAUGAAUUGCUUGUGUUUUGGCCAAGGAGGUCUUGAUAAAAAAACAGGAGAAAUGGUUGCUGGGUUUGGGUUCUGUGAGACAAUCGGCGGAGGUUCAGAGGUUUACAAUGCAAUUUUGACAGCUUUGAAAUCCGGUUACACGCAUAUUGACACUGCAGAUGCAUACGGCAACGAAGAUGUCAUCGGAAAAGCCAUCAAGGACUCCGGAGUUGACAGAUCCAAGAUUUUCAUCACCACCAAAUUGUGGUGUAUCGACCAUCGUCGUGCUGCAGAAGCGCUUGAUGCUUCACUUAAACGUCUUGGAACCGAUUACGUGGACUUGUAUUUGAUGCAUUGGCCGGUUCCCUUGAACCCCAAUGGUAACGAUCCCAAGUUCCCCACGCUUCCAGAUGGAAGCAGAGAUAUCGAUCUGGAUUGGAACUUCAUCAAAACCUGGGAAUCCAUGCAAAAAUUGGACAAAUCUAAAGCCAGAGCAAUUGGAGUGUCGAAUUUUUCAGUUAAGAGAAUUCAAGAAUUGCUUGCGGCUCCCACAACUAAAGAUGUUCCUGCUGCAAAUCAGGUUGAAUUGCAUCCACUUCUUCCUCAAAAGGAGCUCUUGGACGAAUGCGCCAAACACAAUAUUCUUGUGGAAGCUUAUAGUCCAUUGGGGUCGACAGACUCUCCUCUUUUGAAGGAUGAAGUGGUGACAAAAAUAGCCAAAGAACACAAUGUUGAACCAGCAACCAUUUUGAUCGCCUGGGCGUUAUGGAGAGGUACGGUGGUUUUGCCCAAGUCGGUAACACCCCAUAGAAUCGAGUCCAACUUUCAAGUGGUGGAUCUUCUGGACCAACAAGGUGAAGAAUUGGAACAACUCUACAAGCGCCAGGGAGUGAAGAGAUUCAUCAACCCCAACUGGAAGCCAAUUGUUGUGUUUGACUAA